GGUGACUUGGACUUCAUCUAGUGUUGAGUCAACAGUCUCAGUCGAGCUGCAGCAGGACGGAAGAGUCUUUAAGUAAUACAGCAAUGUGGACCUUUAAUGGAUACUGUCUUUACAUCUUUGUCAUACUAAUCUUUGGGAAUCUCCAGGGUGUGUGUGUUGUUUUGGCCGACACAGUGAUGAAGCUCAAAGCUGGGAGCUCCCUGGAUCUUCCAUUUCAAUAUCCAGUAAAAUCAGGGUUAUUAAUUGAGUGGGCCUUCAAUGAGAACACUUUUGCUGAAUACAGUACAGACCAAAAUUACACAUUUCUGGAAUCACAGUUCACUGGACGGUUAAAGGGGGAUGAUGAUAAAGUUGGAGUAACUGUACAAGAUCUUCAACCUCAAGACUCUGGAACCUUUGCAGUGGCUGCACUUGGCACUAAACCACAGCCUCCAACACAGAUAUUUAAAGUUUAUAUUCAAAGUCCUAUAACAGCUGUGCAGAUUGAGAAGUCUCAAACAUGGCUGACAUCCAACAACAGUUGUGAAGUUGUUGUGAAGUGUGCAGCACCCGGAGCUGAGAGGGUCUCCUACUCAUGGAGCGGCUAUCAGACUGCAAGUGGAGCUCAGCUGCAGUUCAGUCUCUCACCAGCAGAAGGAGCUGUUACACUGAACUGUACUGCAGCUAACAGCAUCAGCUACAGUUCUGCUUCAGAGACACUGAGCUGUGAGCAGAGCAAAACAAGAGCUCCAUUGUCAGUGCUCAAACUGAUCAGUAGUCUUGUGGCGGCCUCUCCCUAUCUGCUGGCGACGAUCAUUCUGGGUGUAAAAUGUUACAGAGCACACGGUCAUCAUAACAGCCAGGAUGCUGUAACUGUAAUUGAGGAAUAAGCGCUUGGCUCUUUGUGGUUCAGCAUAUUUUCCUGUUCUUAUGUUUGCACAUUUCUGGAUUGAGUGCUCUUAUGAUUGCUGGGGAAACUCAGUUUUCACUCUUUCUUCAAGCUCUCUGGUUCGUCUUCCAGUCCCUUGUAUUUCAAAAGAUCCUAGUCUUUCUUCCUUGGCCAUUUGAUUGCCACACUUAUCACAUCUAUCACAAUAUUCUGCUCCAUUUAUAUUUUCAGUGUCUGUUUGUUUUACUGUACUGGUUAUCUGCCUGUAUCUGGAGAUCACACAGGAUUUUUGUUGACUUCUGCUGCUCUGUGAGAUUCCACUUGUGAGGAAAUACGACUGUCCAAACCAUAUUCAUGUUCAUCUGUCCCUGUACACAAGCCUAGCCAUGUUUACUGCAGCUAAUAUCAUAAAGUGCUGUAAAAGACGACAUGUUUGUGUCAUCUGAUCAAGGAUCUGUGAACAGAGGAGGAUUUGAACAUUAGAGUCUCUUUACAUUUAAAUAAACUGCUCCAUUUGCCCUUUAUCUGUUUUUGCACUUUUGUGAAUGAUGUCUGGAUAGUUUCUGACUGUAUUUUUAUCUACUGGACUCUUGUAUUUAUUAAUAAACCUCCUGGACAUGGAUCCUCACACAU